CCGUCCCGCGUUCCCAUGCACCCGCUCUCGUCCUACGACAAUCUCCCGCCCCACGCGCUUCCCCAGCUCCCCCCGGGCUCUAUGGGGCCACACUCCGCGCAACCGCCCCAGGUCUCCGAUCGUUCAACCAUCGGCUUGCCGAAGGUGGGGGAGACCAGAUGUUACUGGACCCUGCUCACCUCCGACCUGGUCUUCCUUUACCUUGAUCCCGUCCUUGCCAGCCAUCUAGGCGAGCAGGCCCAUCUCUUGGUCGGGAGGUCAUUACUCGACUACGUCCACCCCGAUGAGAAGGCGUCCGCCAAGGUCGAUCUCGGCGCAGUAUUGGAGAGCAGGACUUUGCAUGGGAGCGUGACUCGCGUCCGCUAUUCUCGCCUUUCGAGGGUCCGAAGACUGCUGGGAUACACUGGACCAGCUCCAGAAUGGUCGGAGGCGGACAAAAUCGCCGUAGACGCAAACUACAUGGCGGUGGACAUCGUCAUCAAUUACGCGGCCGACGGUCUGGUGCUAUGCUUCCAUCACGCAGUCGUCGACCUUACACCACGCGACAACGACGAGCACAACAAAACGGGGUGGACGAAUUGGUGUGGAACGCCCAAUUUCAACAUGGAACAGGUACAGAUCCUAUACCAACAGCUGCAGUCAGCCAUCCCCCAGCCGCCUACCGUCGGCCGCGUGUUUCAAAUUCUCCUGAACCAGCCCACGCGACCCUUGUGGUUAAGCUGGCCCGUCGAGCGCCCCGGAGAACCCACGUCUAAAGACUUCGCCCGGUUGGCCGAAGACGUACACAUCAGCAGCACCGGAACCGACGCGAAGACCAGUUGCACCAGACGGUACAAGGCCUGCCAGAUCAUGGAUUUCGGGAUGGGCGAUAAGCAGGAGGUGGAAAGCAUAUUUAUACCUCAUGGUGCCAUUAUUUUCGCCUGUCACAAGAUCAGCUCUUACCCCCGCGGUAACGUCGCCGGUGGCAGUGGCAUGCAGCACCUCGGGUACCAUUCCAAUAACUACGCCACCCAGGGCGCUCCGUACUACGACCCGCAGACUCAAAACCUGCCUUCUGCCCACAUGCCCUCCGUUCCUCCCUACAACUACAGUCCCCAACCUCAGCAACCCAUGUCGUCGUCGUACCCUCCCAACACCUGGGUCAACGUGGAGCAGCCCGACCCCCAGAACCAAUACGCGCAAUGGGCCCCGAGCUCUUUGCCUAACGGUGCCCCGGUCAGCAGUAUGCGCUCGUCGUCGUACUCGGCGCCGCAACCACCCGCCCCAACGCAGCACCAUUGGUCCUCUCAACCUCCGUCGUACCUCGAAAACGGGUCACCUGUGUCCCCGUCCAUCGGCCCGUCGGCGCCUAGUCCCAGCACCCUGCAGUUCCCGGCAUCCGCCCAGCCGGAUCACGAGGAGCAGCCUCCGUCGCCGCCGACCGAUCUAGUCCCUCCACCCAGAGCGGGGCGGCGGGGGAGCAAGGAGCAGUACACGAGCGGCGGGCGCAGCGCAGGGAACCCUCCCGUCGGAGUGACGAAGUGCGCGAGCUGCAAGGCCACGCACAGCCCGGAGUGGAGGAAGGGUCCGAGCGGGAAGAAGGACCUUUGCAACGCAUGUGGCCUACGCUUCGCGAGGUCGCGCGCGAAGAAGGAGGGGGGCAGUCAGCGGCGCCGCAAGGAACGCGCGAUGAGCACGUUGUCUGUGAAGCCCGAGCCGUCACCGUCAGCGUCUCCGGUUAGCGCCUCAUAUCCGACCAUGCGGCGCGGCAGCUACUUCGAGGACGGCGCGUUCCUAUCGACUUCCCCCGCAGGGUCAGGAUCCGGGAACGACAGCUUCUCGCACAACGGCACGUUCGAGGGCAUGGCCACGCCUUCCCCCUCGCCCCCUUCCGGUGGCAUGCACUACGUCCCUGGGCAGAACGUGAACUACAACCCCCCGAUGCAGGCGGAAAGACAGCAGAACUACGGUUCGCAGUUCUACUCUCUGCCCCCUCGCAGCCAGCCAUGCAGCAACAGAGCAUGCAACAUCUUGCGGGGAACGGGCAGCCCUCAGGCCCGCCCUCGCGCCUGGAGUUCCCCAAUCGCCUGGAGCCGCUCAUGUCGCCAUCGUCGCCCACCAUGAACUCCCCGAUGAGCGCGGGCCUGUCGGCGUCAUACGAACGCGAUAAGCGGCACGAACGGGAGCAGCACGAGCAGCUGAUGAUGUCGCAGCAGCUGGGCCCGGAGCACUCGUACCGCAUGCAGAAGCCGCCGAGCUACCUGGGGCGCGACGCUUCCUUCUGAAUCCGAAACGCGCAGGGGCGAGCAGCAGCACCGCGGCCACCCGCCACCGCGGCCCCCCGUCUCCUCGCCCGUCCGCGCGCCUCUGCGCCUGCGCCUGCAAGCUCCCUCGCCCCCCGCACGACGUCCAAUCACGAUUCCGCGUUAUGAGUAUGAUGGUAUGGGACAUCACGCACUACAUGAUCCGCCCGCAGUGUAUCUUCGCAUGCGGCGCACGUCCGCGCCUCCGGGGUGGUGCGCGCCGUCGGUCUUUCGCCUUUGUCGGUAUUUAUCCUCUGUAUUCUCCUUCGCCUGACUCCUAGCCCGCUAGUAAUCGUCUUGCACCCCCCGGAAGCCUACAAUUCCCUAGUUCGCAUCGUCCGUUCGUGUACUGUAAUAAUCGGCGCCUCCAAUGGCAGAUGUUGUCUCCCUCGCCGCUCGAGAGGGAGCGCCGCACCGAUGCGGAUGCCGCCGAUACCGACGGAUC